AUGAGCUCCCCGACAAACCGGAAGGGCUCACUGCCCCAUCAAUUGCGUACCGCUGCCGAACCCCGCCAGAACCGACUGUACAAUGUCCGGCUGUCGCAUGUCGAACAGGCCAAUCCUUUCGUGCGGCUACUACAGCUGACCAUACCCCCGGAGGUCCAGAAUGCCGAAGAUGAAGGUCAGGAAGUGGAAGAAUUAGCCAAUCCCCAACAACCUCUAACAUUCCUUCCGGGUCAAUGGCUCGACGUUCAUAUCCCUUCUAUCCCCAAUGCAGGCGGCUUCAGCAUUACCUCCACUCCAGCCGACGCACAAGUCCUCCCAUCCCUAGAAUCUCCCGCGGAGGCAAUCACAACCGACGAAACCGACGUUCCACCCAUCGACCCGCGCGGUCGGCCACCCUACGUAGAGUUAGCUGUGCAAUAUGCGCCCUCCAACCCAGCCAGCGCAUGGCUCUGGCGACCGGCGGAUGAGAUCCUUGGCACGGAACUUAGUAUCCGCGUCGGAGGGAGUUUUGUAUGGCCUCCGUCUUCAAACGUGGACUUAACGAAAGUUCGGAAUGUAGUUUUCGUGGCAGGCGGGGUAGGGAUCAACCCACUAAUGUCCAUGCUAUCGCAUCUGAACAAUGGCGACGAGAUAGCUCUCCCUCACCCGUCAUUCAAUAUUCGAUUUCUGUACUCAACGAAACUCCCACGGAAAGAAGAAGGAACAGUAACCGGGAGUGGUGGUGGUGGCAGUAAUAGUCUGGAGCAAAUAUUGUUCCUUUCACGUCUACGACAGAUCAUUGCGUCGCAGUCACAAAUUUGUCGAUUGCAGAUUAGUUUAGACCUUUUCAUCACCGAUCCUGGUUUGGAUCAAAGUUCUCUUACUGGUUCUGCGGAAUCUGAUGAUCUGACCCUGCAUAUGAGGAGGAUUAAUCGGGAUGAUUUACGCAAGGCGAUCAGUAAUCCUGAUGGUAGUAUUGAGGCGGCAGAGACUGUGUGUUAUGUGUGUGGUCCGCCUGGGAUGACUGAUGAUGUGGUCGGCAACCUUGAGGGCUUUCUUGGGGAUAAGGAGCGCGUGUAUUAUGAAAAGUGGUGGUAA